AUAUUACCAUCAUUGUAAUUUGUAUUUUACAUAAUGUGUAAGGGUACAUAGAAUGGAAUUCUUGUUAAGUUAUAUGACAUGCAUUAGGCAUUACAUAACUUUAAUAAUAGUGAAUUAUAACAAAAACGUGAGAGAAAGAAAAAUUAUAUAAAAGCUGUCAUGGAAUAGUACCACUUUAGUACGUCAUAGAGCUACCGGAUUCAAGCUGGGGUUCCAGGUACGAAUAUCACAUCCCUGAAACCAGACGACUUUUUCGGAGGCCAAACGGCUGGUAGGCCGUGUCUCUGCGCAAAAGCGAUCGUUUAUUGUGUCGCGAGAAAACCUCGAGCGUAGGCUUUCACGGAGUUCUUGCUGGUCUCCAGGCUGUUGUCGAGUGUUGUAAAUACUUGGUGGCCAUCUCUGGAGACACGGAGGACGGUGAGGUCGACUUGCGUGGGUCUAAUCGUGGCAAAGCUGUCGAAUGCCGAGGUCCAGAGUAGCAGUGAACGGCAGCUCCUUUGCACGGUGCAGUAUCAUCGGCUGGAGCCUCAAGUCCUUUUGCACGUUGAAAGGCAGUGCGCGAUACUUGUAAACACGGUUGUGAAUCGACCUGUCGAUACACCUGGACAUUUUGGUAACCCGGCUGAGUCGUCUACGCGUAGGGAUCUAGCGAGCCGAUCGUGCUCUCUUUCUUGGGAUUGAAUAGGGAGAAAAUGAAAAGUAAAUCUCUCUCUGGUUAGCGAUCGAUAACCUCUUGAGGAUCAGAGCAAUCGGUUCCCGGAUGAAGAAUUCUAAGCAGCAGUGCACUUGAUUCUGUGAACAUUCAUUAAGUGUCAAUGGAACUGUGCAUGAGGACGAGUAUAUCUCAUCCUUCGUCAUCGAGGUGGACACAAGUGAAAACAGUGAAAUGAAGUUGUACUCUCAUUAAUUGCGGUUGAGAAACGUGUCUCUCCGUUGGAGAGUUUAUAGGUGGAAACUGGAAACUUUUUGUGUCCCUAGAGGCAAGAUACUUUGAUAUUUUCCUUAAAAAAUAGUGAGUUAUUACAUCUCAUGUGGAAAUGAAUGAGAAUUAUAUACACGGUCGGGACGGUGGCCAUCUUGAACUCAUCGAUAUCUCGAAUUCGAGCGUGAGCGAUUGAAGCAUCUUGUUUUUAAUUCCAUUCAAAGAUGAACGCGUGAUUUGUCCCUGUCUCUGUGUUUUACAUAGGGCUAUCUUGUGACUGUACAAAAUUGUAUACAUACUACUGAAUUUAUAUUAAAAGAUUGAUUAUCCGUAUAAACAAGAUCAACGAGAAUUCUUGUUGGAUGUGGGAAUUGUCCGUACUCAACCUAUUAUUGAGUGCAUCAUGUCACUCAAGCAUUUUUGAACGUCCUAACAACGCGAACACGUAAUUCCAUGUCCUUCCUUCGGACUCUGCUAAAAACUCCAUGUGAGUUGUUUGAGUGACAUAAGCAAAGCAGUGGUGUCCAUUUUAAGCAUCAUCGUGAAAAAUUGACGUCGUGUGCUAACUGUGAAAAACGGCCAUUUAUAUUCUCUACAUAAAUUUAAACUUCCUGAGUCUCUGGGGGAUGUUUUAAUGGGGCAGGAUAAAAGUACAGGGUUUUUUCGAAAUUUUCUUUGAAGGAAGAAAGAGAUAUGUCUUCGUGCAUUGAGCUGCCAAAAUAACCUUUUCGAUUUAUCGAUGAUCACGAUUUUACGUGGCAGAAAAGGGUGCCAUUUUCAAUGGCAGUUUGCACCGGAUAAGAGCCGACGAAUAAUCUGAAGGUGCGAGUGGUUUACUAGGUUAGGUUCAACGUCGCGAUCUGGCAAAGCAUGAGAAGUUGACUUGUUUUAUUCGGACGUUAUUGAAUUUCAUUGUGAAAUUCUUUUGAGAGCUAGAAUCAGAGAAUUCGUUGUAUUCUUGAUGAAACAGUGACUUUUGUUCGUGUUUUAGUGAAACAGGCUAUUCCAAACAAUGGUGUAAUUUUGUAGAAUACGUGGAAAAGUGUGAACAACAACAAUUUCUGUCUCUGAUGGAACUUGAGAUAAAUGUCAAAGCGUUAUGACGUUCAAAGCAACGGCUAAUAACAUUUGUAUGUGGAAAGCAGAGUCUGUUUGCAAGUAAAAUUUGCCUGAGUGUUUGUGGCUUUCAGGCAGCGUAGAUGGUUACUACCUGCCAGCGAGUCAUGGCCAUCAGGCCUUAGCUACAAAACAAGGAAUGAAGAAGAGGAUAUGAGCACGGUGGACACUGCUCUGUCAAUAUCCAUCAAAAUGGCCCCUGGGCCUGAUCAUCGUCAGGAACCUGUAGCCCCCGAUAAGACAACUGAGAACCGAGUUAAUCUUGCAUCUGAUACCAGUACAGAAUCUGCUGUCACCACUGCAACCGUUGUUAAUUCUCCUCUCAAUACAACAGAACCUGCAGAGGCCAAUACAACACAGGGCAUCACAACUAAUAAUUUUGAAAAUAAGCAGGAGGAACCAGCGACUCUCUCCACUUUGAACGAUAGCGAGUUGCGCGCCUUGUUGGACGAAGCCAUAACGUACAAGUGUCCCAAAGACCGUGAAGGAAAAUCCAAUCUCUUUAAGGAACUUCUUGAAGAAGUAGAGGCCGACGAAACUGAGGAAGGUCGUCGUGCUGUUGCAAAUUCACGCUGCCUACCUGGUUCGAAUCGUCGAAGACACAAACGGGACUCAGUUUCUGAACGUCUUACCCACGGUGGUUCUUUGCAGAAUUUAGCACAGCCUGUCAAUUCAGAGUUUGACAGUAGUUUUGCUUAUCUGACCUCUGGAUCGAGUCAUACGUACGGAGGCGGUAGGAGGAAGGGCAAGAAACACACUGGACCCAGUGUAUCGGCUAGACAACGCGAAGGUGGUUCGCUGCCUUCUAACGUGAACGCAUCGCAUAGUCUUGCCUCUCUAGCUUAUUUAGAAUUCAACUUUGAUAAGAAGAAGGGAUUCUCUGAGGAACGAGCUGUUUCUGCUUACGACUGGACCAAUAAGGAAAAAUCCAAGUCCCUCGAUAAACCGUCUUACAGCGGUUCGAAGCGCGAGGAUAAGGAUAAAGAGAAGAAAGAUAAUAAAAGGGAAAGCACGCAACAGAGUGGGCCUACAGAGCCGGAUAGCAGUGAACAACGAGAGAAACGGGGGUCCAAGGGAAAGCAAGGGACAAAUGAGAUGCUCGAAUCGGACAAUCCACCUCCGGAGUACAAGUCGGAUUACAUGGUAAUCGAUUUGGGCGAGGUUGAGGUCAGUGGCAUCGGCGAACAUAAUGCGACAGUCACAGGAGCCGGUGCCCAGCGACCUCACUCUCUGGACACCGAGGACGAUGAAGGGACUGAAAUGAAAAUCAUCGAACCACGUAGACCGGUUCAAUUCAUAACGCGUGCUACCUUCGAUAUUACUCAAACACCCGUUGACACCACCAUAGAAUUUCCAAUACGCGAGCACAACGGGAAACAAGAUAAACCAAAAGUUUCUGUUAAUGGUACUGAACCAACGGGAGCUUUAUCAUUUCCUACAUAUAACAGCAUGAAAUGUGUUGUCGGUGGGACAUCGGGUGGUUCUAGUACUCAGCAGAACAAGGUUCUCGUGCCGAAUGUCUAUUCCGUGAUGCCUGUAAAUUGGCCAUCGCCUAACAUUACCAUGGAAGCUGUUUCAAGAUUAACGGCUCAACACAUCACUAUGAAGGAUUCCUCUGCUUCCGGUGAAAAGAAGUCCUUGGACGAGAAUGGAAAUGCUGUUCAGGGUUACAAUGGGGAACGGAAGAAAUCACGAAGAAAGUACGCCCAUCAAGAACCUAACGUGAUAGUCUACAAAGCUGAGACCGUGAAAGGACAUCGUAACGAGAAGGAUAUAGACACUCUAAUUAAUUUUAUUGAGAACAAGGACUCCAAAGGGAAGAAAGAUAAAGCUGUCAAUGCCGUGAGGGUAAAAACGAGUUCUGAUGCAAAACCAAGGGCUAGGGAAAAGGAUACCAAAAGGGAAGAAACACCGGCCAAGUUACAUAAAUCCAAUUCCCUUGAAGAAAUUUCCAAGACUAAACUCGAGGAUCUCACAGCUGAGAAAAACACAAGUUCCAGUGGCGCUAGCAGUAUUUCCAGUCAACAGGGAACCAUAAAUGUUGCUUUGCGACGUGCAAAGCAGCGAAGCACCGGCGAUGCCACCAUUGAUUGUCGCGGUGACAGAAGGUCCUGGGGAACCGAGGAAGGCCAAUCCAUCUACUGCAACGACACUGGUGAUGAUUACGCGACCCGUCGACACUCCAACAAGAAAAUCAUUGCAGAUCCAGAGCCGGAACAGGAACCGGAAUUCCACGUGGUGACGAAGAAGAAAAAGAGUAAGAAACAACGCAGAAGUUCCAGUGGUAGUAGAGCGCAGAAUUUGGCAAACUCCGCGUCUUAUCUUCAACGAUCGAGAGGAUUUACCGCAGAAUAUCGGACUCCUCUCUCACCGGAGCUCAGACGGAAAUCUGCCAGCAGUAUGCCUCCAAGUGACAAGUCCGACAGCAGCGACUUAGAUUCGGUUCAUUCGUUGCCCGUGACUUCUAAUUCAACGAAGCACAAUUUAACGAAAAACGCAACUUCGUCAAGCGGAACUCCGCAAGCCAGCUAUGCCGAGAUUGCUAGGAUGGCUACUAUUAACAUGUCACAGAGUGCUGUCUUGAAUAUGUCUACAAUGGUCCCGAAUGUUCUCAAUACCGCAUCCUGGCCAAGUGUGCCGUCUAAGGCAACAUCGGAACCGGACAAGUUACCGCAAGAUUAUUAUCCCAGUCUAGAUGAGUUACAACACUCCGAUAGGAAAAUACGACAACAUAAUUUUGCCUACUCGAAUCACGUACAAAAUAGUCUCAGUCUGAGCUUCGAAAAACCGCCUUCGCCCGUACCUUCGAAAACUAAAAAUUCGCCAGAGAGUAAAAAAGCUGAGGCUAACGAAGAAGCCAUCAACAAGAAUAUUCAAGUGUUCAAGUAUGUACAGGACAUCGAGAAGAUGCAUCAGAGCCUCGCACAACAAGAAAACAAGAACGCGAAUUCAAACAAUUCCAGUCCGAAUUCCGACAGUACACCUGUGAAUCCUCUGCUACCGAAGUUGAACAAUUUCAUUGUAAGCAAUACUUUACCCGAAAUAGAAAACAAUAAUUCACACGAUCACAACACAACCAAGGAUACCAAUGCUAAUACCAAUGCCAAUAUGAAUGCUAGAUGUAAUAAUAAUCCACGCUCACGAAGAAACUAUCAGCAAAAUGUUCAAAAUCAGCAACAACCACAUUAUGAGGAACCAAGAGAAUUCAGAAAAGGAUGGAAUCCGCAACACGAGGAUAACACGAAGAAAUUGAUUAGUGGACCAAUUCAGGUACAACACGAUGACAAUUUAUCUAAGAAAUCUAUCAGCAAUGCUCAAAAUCUAGCACCAUUGGCAAUUCAAGAGGAUUCUGAAAUGAACAAAUCCAGAAAUCAAACAAGGCCAGUUCUGCAGCAACAGGCAGUCAAUCCUGAUCCUGAGGCUACGACGAGAAACAUUAAUAAAAUUGACAGGACUACACAAGGAAAGGAUCAUCAACAGAACAGCACGAAGAACGAGACCGGAAAGAGUAGCAACGUUCAGUCAUCAAAUUCAAAGCAGGAGGCUGAUGAUAUGGAGGCAAGAAAGUCGAAACAAUUAUCAGGAAAGAAUGUGGACAAGGAACAAUCUCAGAAAUCCAUAACAGAAUCACACUCUGCAAGCAAGACAAAGAACACAUCCUCCAGACCACCAGUAAUCAUGGAUGACAUGAUGACUUCUUCGGAUCCACUCAGAAAUAGUGAUUCACCAUGUGAGCUUGUGUUUGGUUUUGACGUUAAUGAGGAACUUCUUCUCUCAGAAGACUCAGAAGCAACCCCAACUGCCAGUCCGGUUUUCUCUCCAGUGAUACCGCCUUUCUUCGAUAAGCCACCACCAAAUUUCGACAGACCCCCUCCUCCCCAUAGGUUCGACAAAUAUCCACCGAAUUUUCUUCCACAUCCGCAUCAUGCGCACCCACAUCCGCACAUACAGCAUCAUCAUCAUCCAGUGCAUCAUCCUCACAUGAUGAUGCCAUCUCUUCCAUAUCUGGGAUAUUCACCACGGUUUCAUCCUCCUCCUUAUAUGCCUCCAACACCACCACCUCCACCUGGCAUUUUAGAGAAGUAUCAUCAUCAACCUAAGGAAGACUUCUCGGCGCGUUACAUCGCACCGGAUGAUGGUGUCAACGUGCAGACAUACAAUCACGACAAAAUCGUCAGCUUUGUUGGACUCGCGUGGGAAGCCGUUAUGCGAGAAAUACCUAUGACUGCCGCGACAGGUCGUGUGCAGUACUACAGUGGACAGUGAGAUAUAUUUUUAAAACACUAGACAAGUAACAUGAUGAAAACUGCUAUAAAUAUUUGGUAAAAAAAUCUCGUCGCGAAUCGCGAAACUCUAGAGUGCUUUUAUCGCUGGCGCGAGACCAACUUUGUCCGUAUGUGACGGAUAGGGGCACGCAUCCCCAAUGGGAAUUAAUGUUUCGCCCUACUGGACUCUGCUUACAAGUUGAAAUCGAAAAUUGACGUCCGAGACGCGUCAGCAAUUCGUCUCUUCGAUUCGUAUCGGACGAACGCGUGACGACGUUGGCGUGUUCCAGUGCCUCGGUCGAUAUAGUCAAGAAAAUGUAUAUAUAAUAGUCCAUCGUAACAUGAGAUAACGGCUAGUGAUAAGGCGCGGCGCUAAUCGUGCCUUUGUCUCUUACGUCCUAACGAGACAUUGGGCAAAAACUGUCAAAUUAAGCGUUAACGUAUUCGUAAACGCGUGGAUCACUUAAAAAUCCCGUGAAAAUGCCCUAACCAAAAAAAAAGAUAUAUAUUAGAGAAAGUCAUGAGGAGUCUACGUGUCUCGAGAUGAAAUCGUUAAAACAAAAAAAAAUUAAAAAAAGCUAACUACCCCCCUGCCCUCAUACGGAGGUUAAAGAAAAAGGCAGAAGGAAGAUCUCUGAUUAUUUUGAAUUAAAACCGUGCGCGUGUAAAUAUUUCAACGAUCGGUGUAAAUUUUUUAACGUUUCCUUUUAUUUUUUGUUUCCGUAUCUCCUUUUUCUUUCUUUGUUCCUUACUUUCCCAUCUCUCGUCUUGCUCGAGACAGGUAAAAAAUUAAUUUGCGUCGGAACUUCUUCGUUCCUUUCUUAUUUUCCAUGAUUCAUGAAGUAAUGCGAGAUAAAUAGAACGAGACAAAAAAUGAUAUAAAAUAAUGAAAAAAAAGGAUACACGAUGUCGUGCAAAGAAGGACAUUCGCAAUCAACUACCACGCGUCUCUUCGUUAUUUAAGAACAACAUCAAGCAAACAAUUAUCGCGACGCGGUACACGGUUUCCUAAAUAACGCUAACAGUUGCGUCUAACAGUGUGAUACAUUGUCCGCACAGUCGAGUGAGAAACACGAGAGACCGCGCACUGCAAGAGAGAGAGAGAGAGAGAGAGAGAGGACUGUGUGCUUUUGAAGUGAACUGCCGUAUUAUAUCUCUCCGCCGGCAGGUCGUGGAAUUGUGAUGAAAACUAAGAAAAUUUUUAAAAUUAAAAAAAAAUAAAAAAUUGUUGGAUGCCUGAAACAACCUGGAAGCUGCUUUAGCCUCUGGCGAAGGACUCAACUGCGACGAGGGAACGUCACAUCCACGCUCGAUAUUUGUAUAAAAUGAUAAUAUAGUGUGAAUCGCGCGUGGAAAUUAAUAACUGUGACAAUAUGGAUACGCGACUUGGAUGACUCGCAGCGGAAGAUACAUUUACCAGUAGCAAAGUAACCCGAAAGGUAAAAAGAGAAAGGCAAAGGACACAGAAGCGACUCUCGCAAGAAAAGCCAAUUUCGACUGGCGUACAUUUGUUAGGAAAUAUUACUGACAGUAAACCGCGAAUCGUCAGAUGGAGUGCGUGUGUGUGUGAAAAAGCGCUAAAUUUUUACACAAACUCGCUUAUUUAAUAAAAUAUCGAAUAACCAAUUAUGAAUUACUGGUAACGAUAAUUCAAUAGAAAUAACUUGCUUGUGAUCGUGCGUCGCGAGAGUGCGGAUGAGUGUAGUCCAUUUCUAAUAGGGUUUGUUGCUCUAGUUGUUCUAACAACUUUAGGGGUUGCUGCUCGAAUUUAUGAUACGUAAAAAUGAUUGGCAAUAUAUUUUAUAUAUUUCAAAAGCCCCACAGUUCAUAAUAAUACAUAACGUUUACGCAGGUACUUUAAACUUACUUUUAACUAUCCGUUAUUUAGCUUUUUUUUUCAAUAUCGUUCAACCAUCUUAUUCGUGCUUCUUCAAUUAUGUAUCAUGUGUAGAAAAUUGAAAAUAUUCCAUGAUAUAAAAGAUAUGAUCUGUAUCUGGGUAUUGCGAUAGUCAAUGUAACUGAAACGGUGUUGUUACCGCUUUUGCUGCUGUUAGUUAUUGUUGUUGCUGCUGUUGUUAUUGUUUCACAUUGAAAUUUACUGAAACCCUUGAGCUUUCAUUAGUAGAAAAGAGGGAAAAGCAAGGAGGCCGUGUUCAUUCUAGGAAAGAUAAAAGCAACUGCUAAUUUUGAAACGUCUUUAUUAUCGAAAUACUGGAAUACGUAAUGGUUCACCAAUAUUUACUGAGAACAUUUUUGGAUUUGUUACUGGUAGGAUAUUCAAUAUCGUCUCAACAGUAAAGCAGUGAAAUAAAAGUAGCACAAUGUCUGUUUAAAGUGCAGGUAACGAUAAUGAGACUGGUUGGAAGACAUUUUUGUAUUUUCAAGCUUUUAAUUUUUUUUUUUAAUAUUUAAUUCCUCGAUUAUGUCAUUUCGAUAACAUGCAUAAUGAUGUUGCUGUUCUUUGGAGGUUAUUGGUUGUUGCGGAUUACAUUAUGCUACUUAAAAGUAGUAUAUCAAUUAGGUCUUUAUUUAAUUUCAAGCCAGAACAUUUUAUCCAGGUGGCAAGAAAUUUAUUGCACGGUGAUAGAUUUUUAAAAGAUUUUUGGAAUAAAAAUUAUCGGCGAUUCCAAAUAACCGUUGGUAAAAAAGACGUAGAAAAGAAUGAAAAAGAUAGACUCCAGCGCAUAAUAUUUUACGCCUGCGUUGUUCAGCUUCAAAUUUUAUCAAUAUUUCACAAGAAUUCGAGUUAUUUAGAAUGUCAUUCGAGCAGCAACCUUCAUGAGCCAGUAAUACACAAAAAAAUAUAAAACGGAAUAACUUGAAAAAUUGCAAAAAAACUGAUUCGUCCUCCUCCCUCGCAAUAUCAAUCAACCAACCUAAUCCCCUAUAAGAGAAACAGAAGGUAAAACUGAAACGAUAAAUUACCUUGGACGGGUUUCGCCUGAGAGCAUGAGAGGAAGAUGUACUGUCUGUUUAGUAUUAAUGAUAAUUAAUAAUUAUUAAUUGCAAAAUUCAUUGUUUUGUUGUUUUUCUUCAAAUUUGUUUUCUUAUCUGUUUUUUUUCACUUUCUCUAAGCUAUUUUUUGAAUUCUCAAAAUUGUACGUGCUAAAAGGAAAAAGGAAAAAUCAUCCCGUUGAAGUUAUCGCUUUGCUUUUUUUUUUUAAUAUUAUACCUUUCACUCAUAAAAUCUUUCAUUAUUACCAAAUUUAAAAGAUUUCGCUUUUCUUUCUUUUCAUUUUUUUCUUUUUCCUUUUUUUUUGUUUGUUUUCGUUUUACGCGAUAACAUGCGUUCGUGUAAUAAUCCCAGCCGACGGCGCAGCCUUGAGCGAGUUAAUAAAUAAAACUGGAAUGUGAAAAUGAGCAUUAAACGAAUGAAAUUAAAAUAUUUAGAACGUGACAAGAAGCAUCGUUGCACAAUGAUCCACUGAUCACAUGGUCACUCAAUACAAACGACUGAAAAUCAUUGUCACAUGAUCCUAACGUCUCUAUUUCGGUGGUGGUCACCAUUGUGCAACAACUGCAUUCAUGAAAGAAAAAUCAAGGUGCUUCAGCAGCGCCUUUAAGCUAUGGUAAUUACUGCGCACCGGCCACGGACUGGCGCCGUUGCCCGGAUUCGUAAUAAAAAAAAGUGUCUUUCUCUACUUCUUCUUUUCUCAAUACUACGAGAAUGAAGCGACGAAUAACGCAUAUGUACUUGAAACGAAAAUUAAGCAAAGAGGACCAUGCAUCUACACAUUGUAUACAUAUAGACGCGCAAUAGCACACGCGUCAAAGGCGAGAAUGAGACACGUGCCGGUUUUCGUAAAAUUAAAUCCGACGGCACUUUGACGCGGCGCUUUGCGACGUCGGGUAUCAGUAAGUGCGAGCGUCGCGAAUAAUAAGGAUGGUCCGACGAUCUCAGAGUAACUUGUGUACCAGCGUACAAUUUGUUAUUCAGCGUACAAGAUUUUCUGUACUGUAUAUAUAUACAUACACGCAUAUAUAUAUAAAUAUAUAAUUAUCUACUAUUAAUUAUUAAUAAUACUGUCGAGCUGUUUGAUGACUAUUAUUAUAUUAUAUUAUUAUUAUUAUUGAUUAAUUAAUUAGGCGAAAUUCGAAAAGACUAUUUGGAAGAAUGUAUGUCGGUCGUGCAUGAUUGCUGCAUCCGUGCGUGCCUGUGCAUCUGUAUGUUUGUAUGUCUGCUGCUGUGUGUCUGUACUUUAAUUGAAGGCUGCGCCGAUUGGUUGAGUAAAAUGCGAGAAAAAAAAAAAUAAGGGUGUUUUGUUGCCAACGUUUAGUAUGUUGCCAAAGUCCCAUUGCGGGUAGAACGUAUAUGCCUAGUGCGUGGAGAUGCUGGACGUCAUUGCGAUUACGUUCGAUGCUUAUGCGAUUACGCUCGUAAGUGUUGUAAUCUAUACGAGUACAUAUAUUUUCCUGUUAACGAGAACGAAUAACGCAGCGAAUCGUACGAAACGAAAGAUAAAUGUCUCAUGGUGAUUUCAGUUUAAAGAAUCGUCCAUGAUACAUUAUGGCGGCACUCGCUAUACGCAUCGGCCAAUACUCGCGAGAGCGUCUCUCAUCACUGUCGUGAAGUAUUCUUAAGAGAUGCCACGUAUUCGCUGGAUCGUUGGAUUAGUGCGAUUAUUGUUAUUAUUUCUUAAAAGCGUUAAAUUCGCCUCGAUUUUAGUUUUUCUUUUAUUCUUCGAACAACAAGUGGUAUUAGGGCGAGUCGGUGCGACCGUUUUGCGUACGUUCUCUGUCUUCUAUGAUCUAUGGCAGAGAAUCGCGAAUACCGAAAUUUAUUCUUGUUUGUGAUAUUUCCUAUUAUCCAUUUCCACGGAAUACAUGGCGUCUGCUGUAGCCAUCGCGAUAUGCCACAUUGUUAUACCAAUGUCCGUAGCUUCGAUUUCAAAAAGAUGUACGAACAUUUGACGACGAGGGCAUCGAAUGCAGGAAACACACGCAGACGCGCGCAUGAGUAAUUACAUGCAUACACACACAAAUUAAACAGUUAGGAAUGUAACGAGAUACACACCAGAUGAAAAUUGUGGGAAAUAUAUGUAUGGAAAAAAAAAAGAAAAGCGUGAUAAAAAAAAGGGUGUGACGAAAUAAAAUGCUGUCGCGUAAAACAGACAUGCCCCCCUCCUCUUUAACGCCGUGAGAUUAACAUUAUUGUACUCGGCAUUUGGCCUUUACGCUGUUCUAUCUGCAAGUCAUACGGGCUUUUGCGUGCGUCGCUGUGAUAUACGCGGAGAGACUCGAGAGGAAUAAAUCGUUGGAUUUAUUAGCACGGAAUUUCAUAGGUAAACUUACCCAUGACGGCAUCACCGUCAACACGCUUGCGGAUAAUCCAUUGGUUUUUCAUGGGCGUAGAAGAAAUUCUGUUUGGAUGAAUUCGUUUGCUUUACCUGUUUCACAAUAUGUAUGUGUGUAUAUAUAUAUAUAUAUAUAUGUAUAUUGGCGUAUAUAUAUAUAUAUAUGCAUAUAUUGAUAAUAUAUAUCGCUGUUCAUCCGCUUCCCUACCCACUCUCCUUCCCACUCCCAUUUCAUUGUCGCGCACACACACUCCAAAUAAAGAAAAGUCAUGUGAUUAAUUACUUGGAACUUGAUUCCUCUAGGGGUUUUAAUCCAAAACAAAGGAAAAAAUAAGGAAGACGAAGAAGAAUAUGAUUUAUUACACCGUAAGUCGUCAUUAAAGUCCUGUAUAUGUAUUACUGCCGUGCGAGUUUACAAUUCGCGGUCUCCCAUUUCAUUUUACGUUUGUGAACGACGAUCGUCCAGCUAGACCCUCCGAUUCGGGCGGAGGCAAACUGCAAAACUUCCUCUUACAUAUAUUAACUUUAUGCUCACUAGGAAUCGUUGAUUGAUCAAUCAGUCAAAUCGAUCCUUUUGCUUUUAGUUUUCGUCGCAUACGCGCCCUCCCUCAUUCGUAAUCCAUUUUCAUUUCGUGCAGACGAGGAACUUAAGAAUUCGCCUUUUUAUUAGCUUCCAAAUUUUGUUCUUUCGUAAAGCUUCGUUGUAGCGGCUCCUUUAUCUUUCUUUUUUUUAUUUGACGUUACCACAUUUCGUCUUUUUUUUUGGUCAUCCGUCUGUUGCGUCACGCCGGAAAAACACUUGACAAUCGCGAAUACUUGAUACUUCCUGUGCCCGAUAAUCGCAAGCACGAUUUUAAAGAAAUUUAAAAAAAAGCAGAUAAUCACGUGACGAUUUAAACUGCGACAUUCCUUUGAUCCAUCUUCAUUAAUUUUUUUUUUUCAAUGUGGGCGCAAAUCAUUUAUACCGUUUAACCGCGUGAUGUUAACGUAUAUUAAUAUCAUAAGUGAACAGCUACCCUUUCGAUUGCGCGCGCAUGUGCGUCGUGCGUGCGUUUCUGCUAUGCGUAUUGCGUAUGUGUUGCUUGGGUGAGUGGGUGCCUUUGAUGUUGAACGUGUGAGGCGGUAUGUAUGCGUCAGAAGGUGUGUUUUCUCAUUAAUUACACUUUCGUUUCAUAUAUAUUUUGCAUUCUUCGAAUGUUCGAUUCUUCGAGUUUAGUCUCCUUCCGCUAGCGUUUAAACGUUAUUAUUAUUAUUAUUAUUAUUAAUGCAAGCACUGUCCUUUUAUCGUAAAAGGGAUGAAGUAGCAGAAAGGUAUAAGUGGUGUUAAUGAUCCGAAUGUUCCAACGUGUAUGAGAUAAGAUUACAAGUAAAAUUUCGUUUGCGCUAUGGUCUUGUUGAUUUUUACAUAAAAAUUUGACAAAAGUCCUGUAAAUCUUUCUAUUAUAUUAUCUUUGCAAUUUUGUAUGAAUAUCCUCAGUUUAAAGUACAUUCUUAUAUUUUCGUUUAUGAAUCAACACAGUCGGUUCGUUCGCUUAUUCUUUUCUUUUUCUAUUGUUCGAAUGGUUCAUGGUGGGUGUGGUUUUGAUCGACUUUUCGCGCCAGUGUUUCAUUCACCUGUGAAAUAGUACCUAUAGUCCCCACUGUAUUUAGAAGUGUCGCUUCGAGCGGCUACGUGAAAAUCAGAAUAGCGUAAACGGAUGAGUGUCGAUAUUUUGACGGAUCGAAUAAAGAUGAACAGGAAGAUUAGAGAAGAAGUAUGUGAAGUUACGCCCAGUCAAGCAAUAUUUCAGUGUUGCUUCUUUGUUUUUGUAAAAUACAGACAAUAAAGGAAAGAAUUAUAAAAGAACCAAAAAAAAAAAGAAAAGUGAGAAAACAAACGCUAAGCCAUAUUUAAUGUAAAUGAAAGGAAGAUACUAAAUGCAACCCGAUAAAAUAACUAAUCUCUUCGCGCGUGCUAUUCUCGCGCGCCUAGACGUUUAAUUCCUCAGUAAUGAAUGACAGUAUUGAGACGACGAGCAAUUAAUUGACUUUCGUUAAUUAGGGUACGACGAAUCAUCAUACGAGAUGGUGAAAUAAUCCGUGUAAACGAACUGUUUCGAUAAUUUCAUUAAUCGAAGUGUGUCUAUUAAUCAACUCGUGUAAUCAAAAAGACCACCAAGUCACGGUCUAAAUUCGAUCCGUAAUUAAACAAAAGAAAGCUAACUGAUAAAUGCGCUUCCUAUGCGCAAAACUGCUUUUGCAGAAUAUAUAAACACUAAUUGCUUGUGUCCAAUGAAGACAAUGUGUAAUGCGUAAAAGUAAAAGAGGACACGACGAUGUUUCAGUGUAUUCGAGGCAACUUUAAAAGCGAAAGGUUAAAGCGAUGGCACGAGGGAUAAUAUAAAUAAAAUAUUUAAAAAGGAGCAUCCAAAUCAGUCCUCACGCAUUUCCAUUUUGCUGUUGUAUAAAGAAAAACCGAAAGGAAAAAAAAAGGCGUGGAAAAAGAAGACAUUCGAAAAUUAUUGAACCCUUGUAUAAAACUUGCGAAUGAAAACUCGUAGUAGCCAUUAAUCGUAUAGCGCACUACAUUUACCUACGCAUAGAGUUUAAGGGUAAGUGUGGGGAUGUUACAAUGCGAAACUGUGCGAAAGUGAAAGUGGACGAAAUGAUCGCCAUAUGAGGGUUCGCAGUUGUUUGAAUUAUUUGAUUGACAACAAGAGAAACAGUGUCGCCAUUUGAGCUCCGUUGAAAAGGCGGGAAAAUUUAGAACUCGCGAUUAAUCCACACUGUAACGGUUGGACGAUUUACUUGACAAGAAAAAUACUAUUCUCGAAAUACAACUUGGCGGACGGAGAGUGCACCGUGGUACUCGCUAGCAUUUUAAUUGAAAAAAUUUUGCUUCUUGUCUAUUAUUUCAUUCUCUUUCUUGGAGUUUGUUCCAAUUUACAUGAUUAUUGAGUUUUUCCAUUGUAAGAUUUCCAUUUAAUGCACUGCCGUAAUGGCGGCACUACUUUCGUCUGUCAUUCACGAAACAUUGCGCUCAUACCAGAAUGCAAUGGUCGUUAUACCUAUCUUGUAAAACUCAAUUGACACAAAAAGGGAAAUUUUGUUUCCCUUUAUCUCACGUUAUGCAGUUACAGAGACAGCGAGUGCACUGUUGCACUUUCGGUUUCAGUAACUGUGCUAUUACGUCCUUACUGUUAGUCAUGAACAAAAAAAAAUUAAAAAAUCGAAAAUUGUGCCGGACUCCGUAAGUUUAUGAAAAACUUUCGUUCCAUCUGUACGAAUGGUUGUAUCAGUGCAUCUGUGAUCGUUGCCCUAACAUUCUUUCCUUAUUAACUUUAAGCCGAAUGAAACCUCGACGAGUCUGUGGACUACGAUACAUUGUGAUGUGAUAUAGCUAACGUAUGUCUUUAAUGGAAAAAUGCAUGGUAUCGACAUAGUCAAGUCUCAUUGUUUACCACAGAAAUAGUGCAUUUCCAUGAAAUAUUCAAAAUGAUGCUUGAUAUCAAAUUUUCGUUUAUCCAACAGGGAAUGAAUAUUCAAUGGUUCAAUAGUGGCUACUGAUUACCAAUUAAAAGAGCUAAGGAGACUUGCUGAAGAUAAAAAUACAAAGAAUGAAAUUAUAGCCGAAAUACAUGAUACGUUUGGUGGAUGAUCAUUCAUUUUUAACAAUGCAUUUUAUCUCUAUUUUAUUGUUUGGCUUAUGUUAAUUAUGUCGGUACUUAUGUCAUAUCGAUUUCCUUGCCUGCCUACGAAGAGUACGUUUUGAAAUUCACUGUCAACAUUGUGGGCAUUAUUGGGUCUCCACGCUCUAUUGCAUAGAGGUGAGCUGGGACAUAACGAUAUUCGCAGUACUAGCAGUGAAUUUUGGAACGUAUCCGAAAGCUUCAGUUUGAAAAAUGUUUGGCCUCGUUCCCAAUUGUCCAUUUGACUCGUGAGGUAUGGGUAUUCGGCUUUCAAGCAGGUCUAUAAAUGUGGAAUGAGAAUCAAGGAAGAAACGACUAAUCAUGAGAAAUAUUUAAAAAGAUUGUACCAUGGUCAAUGGCCGCUGGAAAAUAUAAGUUGAAUAAUAUUGUUAAAAA